AGACGAAAUUAUCUACAUCAUCAGAUCAAAGAGAGUAUCACCUUGAAAAUAAACAUGGCGGCGCCCAUGGAGAGGAACUUGCAAAUUUAAUAAUUAAAGUUUGGUUUAUUGUGAUUGUUCUUUAAAGACUCAGAUAAUAUAUAUUCCACAAUACAACUUAAUAUGGCUGCUUUGUCACUGAAUUUCCUGAGUAGGUCUCUACAGAGAUUGAGUUUGUGUCAGAUGUCCUCUCUUCCACAAGCUACACUUGGAUCUAUCAAUUCCUCAAGAUUUUUUGUGAGUCCUGGAAAAGUUUCAGAUGUCCAAAAGAAUGGCAAACCUUUAUCAAAAAGGGAGGACAUUAUCUGCCCAACAAAUUCUCUCACUUGUGUCAUACUAGAUAUGUCCAUUUCAAAUCCCAUAUCAUGUCCUACUUAUCAUAACACACAGAUUGAUCUAUUACUUCCAAAUCCACUGAUAGAAUACACUGAAAAAGAAGCUCCCUCUUUACACGAUUUACCAACAAAAGAGGCAGUGGAUAAACUUCGACGACAGAGGAGCCGUAUGAAUCAACACAAGAAACGGCGUUAUCGUGACGACAACUUGGUCUUAAUUCGAGAGCACAAACAGAGACAAAAAGAAAAAAGAGCUAAAAAAGAUUGGGCUGUUAUUGACAAAUUUCGUAAUUAUUCCACUAACUUUGAUGCUGAUGAAAAAGUGAUGCGAGAUUUGGAGACUGCAAGAAGGGGAGGUUUUUAUGUAGAGUGUUACGGGCCAAACAGAGAGGACAGGAAAGGGCUGCCAGACAAGAGCACCGACAAGUCAUUGGAUAUAUUGUAGAUACAGACUAAGCACUGUAGAGCCAACAUGUUAUAAUGAUUUGAGUCAGUUUAUUAAAAUAAAAAGAGUGUGUAGCUGUUUGUUAAUUAAUUCAAUUGUCAUUUAAUGACAAAAGAUGAGUACAUUUUAGGAACCUGCGGUGUGGGAACCUUUUCUUGAUCAUUCUCACAGGCACCUGACGUUAUAUAAAUAUAUAACUUCAUUAUAAAAAUAAUGACUUUCAAAUUUUGUUGCAUACAUACCUUGAUUUUUAUGAAUGAUAUGCAUGUGUUAUGCGCCAUUUUGGUUGAAUUGGUUGUAAGCGUAGAUGUUAAAAGACCGAUGGGGAGAAUGAGAGGAUCGUAAAGUAUUUUUACCGAUGAGUUUCAAAGGAAACUUCAACCUGAUUUGACAGUUUUAUAUAAAUCCAAGAUGGCAGCGAUUUGUACCUUUGGUAUUAUUAGAUAGAGGGUUACCGGUUUACAACUUAAAAUGUCAGGCACCUCUAAUCAUUUUGUCCAAGAUUACUUAUCCAGAGCAUAUUUUCUCUCCCAAUCUGGCUCAUAAUACACCAUAAUCACCCUAUUAAAUGCCUUAAUAUUUGUAUAAAGGUAUGUAGCUAUCUUGAGCUAAUAAAACAAAACUCGUUUUGAGCUCAAAAAUUCAAA